AUGGUCCUUCUUCUGCACCUUCCAAGGUUCCCUCUCUUCGUGGUACCUCUCCGAGCCCUCUCCACUUCCUCCAAAACUACCCUUUUGCGGCCACCCAAAUCCACUCUCACCACCUCAGAACCCGUGACUGUAACAACCCCUUCCCCAACAGAACUAUCGCUCGAAAAGCUCUUCGUUCCGCCGGAGACCACCGUGUCUCUCCACACUGCGAGAGUACUGAACGGUUCCAACAUUCUGCUCAGCAACUACGCCAACGACGCUCUGGUCACGCAGGCCGAAUUCGUGAAAAGCAGUGUGAAAACCGAAGACUGCCCCUCCGAUGGCCUUCCCGAGUUCGCUCUCGUUGGCCGCUCCAACGUCGGCAAAUCCUCGCUCCUCAACUCUAUCGUGCGCCGCAAGAAGCUCGCCUUAAUUUCCAAGAAACCUGGCAAAACGCAAUGCAUUAACCAUUUUCGGAUUAAUGAUAGCUGGUACCUGGUUGAUUUGCCUGGAUAUGGGUAUGCAUCUGCUCCUCAUGAACUUAGAAUGGAUUGGGAAAAAUUCACCAAGGACUAUUUCCUGAACCGCUCAACAUUAGUUUCAGUAUUCCUUCUAAUAGAUGCUAGCAUUCCUGCUAAAAAAAUUGAUCUUGACUAUGCCAGUUGGUUGGGUCAGAAUCAGAUCCCAAUGACAAUAAUCUUUACCAAAUGUGACAAGCGGAAGAAGAAAAAAAAUGGAGGUAAAAGACCAGAAGAAAAUGUUGAUGAUUUUCAGGACUUGAUUCGAGGUUUCUUCCAAUCAGUGCCUCCAUGGAUCAUGACCAGUAGUGUCACCAAUCAGGGUCGUGAUGAAAUACUCCUCCAUAUGGCCCAGCUACGGAACUAUUGGCUUAAGCACUAG